AUGAAAGAAUGGGCAGACGCGUAUGGAGCAUCCGUGCGACAACGCACCGUGAGGCAGGAGACCACAAUGUGCAGGACAGGGGCACUCCCAGAUUGCCUGUACCAACGUCAAGUGCAUCCAGGGAAGCCUGUCAUAAUUGACAGCCUCGGGAAGGAUUCAGAGGCAGAAAACCAGGAAGAGAGGGUCGAAAAAGAUGAGAAAAUUGGAGGCGUAAAAGUUGAUGAUUACGAUACAAGAAGCGUUGAAGACGACAACGAUGAAGUCCAAGAAGAGGUCGAAGAGGAGC